AUGGGGCUCGGCCGCGAGAUCAGAAUAAGCCAUGCUGACUUGAAUCUCAAAACAACAGGCUAUAAGGAAGAUAUGUCUAAGGGAAAAAUGCUCCGAUUUGAAGAUUCCCUUCCACAGUUACCUGUACCCACUCUCGAGGAAACUGGUAAAAAGUACCUGAAGUCGCUUCACCCGCUAUUAAGUGCGGAAGAAUUCCAGCGCUCGCGAAAAGCUGUUGAGGAAUUCGUAAAGCCCGGCGGUGAAGGUGAACCUCUUCAGAAGAGGCUGCUCGCCAAAGCUGCGGAUCCUAAGGUGCAAAAUUGGCUGUAUGAUUGGUGGAACCAUGCGGCCUACCUCGGAUACAGGGACCCUGUUGUGCCAUACGUCAGCUACUUCUAUUCCUAUAGAGAUGACCGGACUCGACGGGAUCCGGCUAAGCGCGCCGCGGCGAUCACGACAUCUGCAUUGGAAUUCAAAAAACAGGUUGACGACGGCUCGUUGGAGCCAGAGUAUCUCCGCAAGGAUCCAAUGGCAAUGAGUUCGUAUGAGUACAUGUUCAAUUGCAGCCGAAUUCCCGCCGAGGGCGCAGACUUUCCACAGAAGUACCCCGCCCAAGGCAAUGAGCAUAUCGCUGUGAUGCGCAAAGGCCAAAUAUUUAAGGUGCAGACACAUUUGAAUGGCCAGCAGCUGAACACGUCAGAGCUUCAGCAGCAGUUCGAGAAAAUUCUAAAAAUUGCCGAGAAGGUUCCUGCUGUUGGCGCUUUAACUUCUGAGAAUCGUGAUAUCUGGACUGCGGCGCGUAAAAGAUUACUCGCUGCUGAUCCAGCAAAUGGCGAGGCUCUCAAGACUGUGGAAAGCGCCUCUUUCUUGGUGUGCUUGGACGACACUGCUCCAGUAACCUUGGAAGAGCGUGCUCAUGUCUAUUGGCAUGGUGAUGGCGUGAACCGCUGGUAUGACAAACCCUUGACAUUUAUUGUCAAUGACAAUGGCACAGCCGGUUUCCUUGGGGAGCACAGCAUGAUGGAUGGCACUCCUACCCACCGCCUUAAUGACUAUGUGAACAACCUCAUCUUCAACAACCGUCUCGACUACUCCAAUCCUUCCAUCCGCUCCAACCUCCCUGAACCCCAACCCAUCAACUUCAAGGUAGACUCCGCCGUCCUAGAAGACAUUGCUACCGCCCAGAAAGAUUUCACGAACGUCAUCGCAAAACACGAGCUCCGUGUUCAGGCCUUCCAGGCGUACGGCAAAGGGCUCAUUAAGAAAUUUAAAUGUAGCCCGGACGCGUACGUCCAGAUGCUCAUUCAACUCGCAUACUUCAAAAUGUACGGCAAGAAUAGGCCCACUUACGAAUCCGCUUCCACCCGUAAAUUCAAGCAAGGGCGCACUGAGACCACCCGUACCGUCUCUGACGAGAGCGUGGCGUUCUGCAAAGCGCACUGCGAUCCGGCUGCCUCCCGUGAAGAAGUCGCGAAGUUGUUCCGCGCCGCAUUGGCUGCGCACACGAAAUACAUCGCCGACGCUAGCAUUGGAAAGGGCGUCGACAGACAUUUAUUUGGGCUGAAGCAAUUGAUCCAGAAGGGCGAAAAGGUUCCCGCUCUCUAUCAGGAUCCUGCAUAUGGAUACAGUGGCUCUUGGUAUUUGAGCACUAGUCAGUUGAGUUCUGAGUAUUUCAACGGGUAUGGAUGGAGCCAGGUCAUUGACGAUGGCUUUGGUAUUGCGUACAUGAUCAACGAAAACAGUAUACAAUUUAACAUCGUCAGCAAAAGACUUGGUUCCGAGAGGAUGAGUUUCUAUCUCAACGAGGCUGCCUGCGAAGUGCGGGAUGUGCUGAUGCCCGAACUGACGGCACAGCCUGAAAAGGCUAAGCUAUAG